CUAUUGCUGUUCACAAUUCGCAGGGCUCUCAACAAUUUGAGUUUCGCAGGGCCAGGGUAAAUAAACUAAUGAAAACUCAAUUGUUAAGCUGCCAAUAUGUUGUUUCGUACGGCCAAAAACAAAUUCGAGACGGCGGAAAUAAUGCGCCGUCUAAAGCGUCUGGCCGAAGGGACACUUUCCUCAUAUCGGCGUUUGUUUUUGCUGCUAUUAUGCGUUUGCAUUGUCUUUUAUUUGCUGCCGCCGAUCUUUCGUUAUAUAUUUCUCAGUGCACCGGAGCAGAAAGAUCCACACAGCAUGUGCAUGGAUGAUCGACUGACUCCGUAUAUACUUCAGAAUUAUGAGUUCGAUGCAAACAUACGUCACGUGUCGCCUUCACCGCUGCCGGGCGAACAUGAUUACACGCCCUAUGUAGGCAAUGGAUACAUUGGAUUGGAGGUGGCUCAUAACGCUGCACUUAACAUUAAACAUGGACGCACUAUGGUGCCCAUACGCUUUCAACCGAUUAUUUCGGUCAAUCCAGAAGGCGGCAUCAAUGCGGGUGAAAAAGAGGCCACCGUUGUGGAGUAUCUAACUGGAAUGGUUCAUAGGUUUCAAUGCUUUGCCGGCUAUUUUGUUUCGUAUACCUACUAUGCUCAUCGCACUCAACACAAUAUCCUGAUGCAGGAACUACAGGUGACCAAUACACGAAAUAUAGUUGAGGAUGUUGAACUGAUUAUGCCACGCAUAAGUCUACCCAACCUUUCCACUCGCACUAUUCCGCUCAGUGAACCAGUUCAGAUGGGUUUAUCUACCUAUAGUGAAAUAAAAGUCAUUACCGGAACCGUACAGCCAUCGACCGAUGAUCCAACUAGAUCCAUUGUGAUUAGCAUUGUUACACCGAAAUUGGAUUCCAAGUUGCAGCUACGUAAACGGGGCACUGUGCGUGUCAUCUAUCCCAUGGCUAUACACUAUUCGAAGCUCGUGAUUGAGGGACAGGUGAAGUCAACCAUUGAUAUAACCGAGCAGCAGGCGAUUCAAGCCAUGACAAAGCUUUUGCAAAAGAUAAGCACUAAAGCCUCGAAUACCGGAUAUAGCAUUAAUACCUAUCGCCAGGAACACAUCAAUGUGUGGACAGACCUAUGGGCUACGGGUUUUACAAUAAGCACAUCUAAAGCGGAGAAUAGUUUGAACGGAGAUCGUAUUAAUGCUACCAUGUAUGCCGUCCUAUCUCAAGUCCGUAGUUUUGAGUACGAGGAAUCGGGAGCUGGCUCUCCGACAAUUAAGGAAGAUAUUGCCAAAGCCUUAACCUACGCCGAGGGUUGCUACGACUCUUAUCACACACUUCAGGCAGAGAAUUUGUGGCGAGAUAUGUCCAGUUUGCACCAACUGAAUACUUUAGUUUCAUCCUGGAUGCUAACCUUAGAGAAACAAGGCUGUCAUAAUCUUAUACGCGCUGGCGCCUCUGGUGUCAUUCAGGCCAUGGUCUUGAGUUUUGGAAGCUUUCGCUUUAGUAAUCAGCAUUUAGAGUGCAAUAUACAUCCAAAAUUCUUGCAUAGAGAUUUCCAUUUUAGGCGACUUAACUAUGGCAAUAAAACCCAUGUCAAUGUCACCAUUAUUGUCAAGGAUGACAAUAAGGCGGUGAUAAAUGUGGCAUUAGAUCGUUCGGAUCGCAGCUAUUAUGCCUGCGAUGGCGGCUGUUUGGAUGAACCAGUUUUGCUAACACAAAACCGACGACAAUUCCCAGUAAAAUUGACUGAACCCUUAACGGCUAUAUUGUAUAUAACCGAAGAUAAGCAGCAUAUGGAGGAUCUUCAUCAUGCCAUACACGUUAAAGAAGUUGUAGAGGCUCCUGCCCACGAACAACAUCUGAUUGCUUUGCAUAAGCAUGGCCAUCAAUUGGGUGGCUUGCCAACGCUCUUUUGGGUAUCGGUCUGUGCAAUAAUUAUAGUAUUUCAUAUAUUCCUUUGUAAGCUUAUAAUCAAGGAGUACUGCGAACCAAGCGAUAAGUUAAGAUAUCGUUAUAACAAACCGUGAUGCUAGUAAUAUAUAUAUAUAUAUAUAAUAUAAUAUAAAUAAAAAAAAAGAAAAGGAAAAUUUAACUCGAAAAAAGGGUAAAAUUCAAGCUCUACCUAUAGAUAGAUAAUUAGAUUUUUAUUGUAUAUUGCAUUCAAAAUAGUCAAAUUCAUAAUAGGCCGCAAUAUUUUGUUUACUUUUUGUAUAUAUAUAUAUAUAUACAUAAAUCUCUGAUACCGGUUCAAUAUGAGCGCUUAAAUCAUUUGUAAAUGGCAAUAUUAAACCUUAAAUUCCAUGGGCUUAUGUGUUCACCUAUUUAACGAUUUCAAAUCAAAUUAAUU